ACGUUUAUCUUAAAGUUAUUUUAAACGCGAUGAAAAUAAUUUAAAUUUUUUUGUAAUACCUACUUCCGGAAGUCUCUUUUAUGUAAAUGAAAACAUUAAAGGUGUUAAUAUGCAGAGCAGAAGGGGAAUUAAAUUUCUUGGUCAACGACAAGGACAUCUUUUCAGGAGAUAUAGCUUAAUAAUAGUGGCAAUUGUGGUAACUGCCUCAGUAGGAUUUCCUCAGGAAAUUGGAGGCCCAACUGAAGAAAUUGCCACAACUGAAGAAGUUCUUACUACUGAAAAUGAUCCUAAAGUCCUUUUGGAAACUGCCAAGGAACUUCUGGCAAAAAUAAAUAAAGAUUAUGGUGAAUGGAGUAACAAAGAAGUAUUAGCAUCAUGGAAAUAUGACAGCAAUUUGACCGAUGAAAAUUUGGCAGAGAAAAUUAAUAUUUCCAGUCAGGCUGCAACUUAUAGGAAGAAAUUGUGGGAAGAAGUGAAAGCCUUUCCAUGGAAGGAAUUGCAGGAUGAGGAUGCCAAGAGACAAUUUAGCAAAUUCAGUAUCAUUGGGGAAGCAGCCUUGCCAGAGGAGCUUUUUGAAGAGUACGCAAACAUCACCAGCCAGAUGUCCAAGAUUUACUCCACCGCAAAAAUCUGCGAGUUGAACAAUCCGAAAAAGUGCGACUUAUCUCUAGAACCACAAAUUACAGAGUUAGUUGCAAAAAGUAGAGAUCCUGAACUUCUGAAACACAUCUGGAUCGAAUGGCGUAAAAAUGUUGGAGAAAAAAUGAAACCCUUCUUCCCCAGAUAUGUUGAACUGGGUAACCUGGCUGCGAAGUUGAAUGACUAUGGCGACAAAUCUGAAGCUUGGUUGCAUCAAUACGAAGCUGAAGACUUUCAGGAACAAAUUGAAUCUCUAUGGCAGGAACUUAAACCUCUCUAUUUACAAAUCCAUGCCUACGUGAGAGCUCAACUGAGGAAAAAGUAUGGAGAUGAUGUUGUCUCUAAAGAUGGACCAAUUCCAGCUCAUUUACUUGGUAACAUGUGGGCUCAAAGUUGGGAUAACGUUGCUGAUUUCACUCUUCCGUUCCCUGGAAAAAACUUGCCGAAUCCUACAGAAGCUAUGGUUGCACAAGGCUACAAUCCUACGAAAAUAUUCCAACUAGCAGAGUCCUGUUUUGUAUCCAUGAACAUGAGUGCAAUGCCUGAACUCUUCUGGAAGAAUUCAAUUUUGGAAAAGCCAACAGAUCGGGAAAUAGUGUGCCAUGCGAGUGCUUGGGACUUUUUUGAUGGUCAAGAUUUCAGGAUCAAACAGUGUACUGUAAAUAAUGCUGACUCUCUUGAGACUGCACAUCAUGAAAUGGGUCAUAUUCAGUACUUUUUGCAAUACAAAGAUCAGCCUACGGUCUAUAAAGAAGGUGCCAAUCCAGGAUUCCAUGAAGCUGUUGGAGAUGUGAUGUCUCUUAGCGUCUCGACACCAGCUCAUCUACAGAAAAUAAAACUUUUGGAAAACUAUACUACUGAUGAUGAAGCUUCUUUGAACCAUUUGUAUCUGAAAGGACUGGAGAAGGUUGUCUUUCUUCCAUUUGCUUACAUCAUGGACUUGUGGAGAUGGGACAUCUUUAGGGGUGAAGUCACUCCUGAUCAGUAUAACUGUUACUGGUGGAAAUUGGCAGAAGAAUUUCAAGGAAUAGAGCCUCCAAUCGAUAGAACAGAGGAAGAUUUCGAUGCAGCAUCGAAAUAUCACAUAAUUUCAGAUGUAGAAUACUUGAGAUAUUAUGUUAGUUUUGUUGUCCAGUUUCAAUUUCAUAGAUCGUUGUGUAUUGAAGCUGGAGAAUAUAACCCAGAAGAUCCAAACACUAAACCCCUUCACGAGUGUGACAUAACUGACAGCAAAAAGGCAGGAAAUCUCAUGAAAUCAAUGCUGAAAUUGGGAUCCUCUAAACCAUGGCAAGAUGCUAUGGAGGUUUUAACCGGACAACGGAAAAUGUGCAGCUCUGGUCUUUUGGACUAUUUCAAGCCUCUUUUGGAUUGGUUGACUGCUGAAAAUCAAAAAACGAAUGAAUACAUUGGAUGGAAAAAUACAAGCAAACGUUGCGUACAAACUAGAGGAGAACUUGUCUAACACUGUGAUAUUUUUUUGAUUUGAGUAUUUCAAAUUUAUUUUUGAUGACCGAGUAUGCAGCGAUCAAAUCGAGUAAUCUAUUCAUUAUAUCAUUUUAAUUCAUCUCAGGAUCACAUCCCAUUUUCUGUAUUAAUACAAUAUCAUGUGUUUUAAAUAAAAAAUGACAUUA